GAUAACUUUGAAGCUGCACAGUUCAAUGCAGAAUUCUGUGCUAGAUUGCUGAAAAGAAUUGAGAAUCCAAAACCAGAAUAUAGGUUUGAUGGUAGUGGUAAUGAAAAAUCUUCAGAAAAAUAUAAAAAUCAUUCAGAAGCUUUUUUUACAAGACGACCAUCAAGGGAAUUAAUUGAAAAAAAUAGUUCACCAAGUAAGUUAUUUGAACAACUCAAAAUUUCAUCAGAUAAAUUGGAUCAACAAAAUUAUCUAAUUGGCUUAAAUAAUUUAUCAAAUGAGUUAAUUGAAACAUUAAAAACAAUAGAUAAUUGCAUUGAUUGUAAAACAAGGCUGUUAAAUGAUAAUGAAAUUACAAUGUCACUUAAUGAAUUAAUUGAUGUAUUAAAAAAACCAUUAAAUAGUUUAGAAAUAAAUAUUAGAAAAAAAAUAAUCAACAAUUUAACUGAAGGGAUAUUCAAAUUAGAUAAUCAAUUAAAUAAUAAAUGUCAUAGUGAAGAAAGAGAAAGUAUUGUAUCAGCAGAAGAUAAACGUCGAGAAAUUAUUACUUCAGAAAAAUUUUUGUCAGAUGAAAAAAAUUAUAAAUCAAAACAUUCACAAAUAAUAAUCAUUGAACAAGCAUCACCUAACUCAAAUUCAAAUGAACAAGAUAGUAAACUUCGUGACUUACGGCUUUCGAAAGUUAUUAAUAAAUAA